UUUAGCUGAUGAGGAUUAACCCAUGAAUGAUAGAUGAACAACACGUACAGCAGAGUUACUGGAAAAACAAACAGAAAACUUUAGCCCUCAUUGAAAAUACAGGAAAUACAAGUAAAUGUGGAACUAGCCCAACAUGUUGGCUGGACAUAUUGAAUGAUAGAAAAGUUGGCUGUAUGAGGUCCAGUUUAGCUUAUGUCUCACUUUCAGUUCCCAUUUGUCAGUCGAAGGCGACAUUGCGCUGCUCUCAGUGAAGCAACAGGAAAAAAGUCAACGUUUUAUCACGAGCUUCAGAAGCGGAGAGUCUGAUGCUGCCUUGUUUACAUGAUGGAUAGCUUUGUCAUUACCCCUCAGGCAUCAGAGGACAUCAUUUCAAACGAUUCUGAGAAUUACCGACCCCCUGUGGACCUGUACCCCUAUCUUGGUGGAGUUGGGGAGAUAUAUGAAGAUCACAGAUGGAGCUUUCCCUCUGACCGGAUUCAACCGUCAGACUUUGAGAAUUCCCCCGUGAAUCACCUGACAGAGCUGCAGGCCGUGCCCCCCCAACAACUCAUCCAACCCUUCCGCUACAGCAGCGAGCCUCUGCACCUUCAUCUGGACCCUCCGAUCGCUCCGCUCUCCCUGUCAACACAGAUUCCGUAUUACACCCCGUCCCUGUCCUACCAGUACCUACCUGCAGCAUCACCUGGGCAUUACUACUCAGAGGAGCAUCAGAGAGCAAUCAGCCCCCCACUGGAGGUUUCAGAGGGGGAGGAUGAAUACGACGACCAUCACCAAAUCUCUUUCAGGAAAGAUACUAAUAAAAGAAAAAUCCGCCUGUAUCAGUUCCUCCUGGACCUGCUUAAAAAUGGACACAUGAGUGACAGUAUCUGGUGGGUGGACCAGGACAAAGGCGUUUUCCAGUUCUCCACAAAGCACAAAGAAGCUCUGGCAACGCACUGGGGGCAGCAGAAAGGCAAUCGCAAGAAGAUGACCUACCAAAAAAUGGCCCGAGCUCUCAGGAACUACGGCAAAACUGGCGAGAUUAAAAAGGUGAAGAAGAAACUCACGUACCAGUUCAGUGAGGAGGUGCUCAGGAACUUCUAUCUUCAUCCCUUUCAUCACUGAGGAAGAAACAAAAUGGUGUCUUUUGGUCCUGCUGAAAUCACUAAACCCCAUCAAAUCUGUUUUUAUAGUUUCAAAUUAUUUAUUUGUUAUUUCUCCGCGAAUUUUUACUUGCCUUUUUUUAUGUGAAUCACUUAUUUUUUACUCAAAUUAUUUGGGUUUAUUCAGAUUUUUUCAUACGAUUUUGAGUCUGUUUGUAGAUUGUAAAUAAAUAUGACUUUUUGUUCUUUUUCAAAAUAUCUAAGUAAAAUCUUGUUUUUUAAAAAUCAAA